AUGCAUUCGUUUAUAAAUCUAACAUUAAAUGAUUCAAAUCUAACUUCACAUUUGAAUAAAUUAACACAUGAUUUUAAUCUUUUAAAUUUUUUCUUUAAUCAUAUUUAUUUAUUAUUAUUAGUUAUAAUUGGAUGUAUUGGUAAUAGUUUUGUUAUUAUUGUUUUUGGUCAAAGAGCAUUACGUACAACAAUUGGAUCUAUUGGUUCAAAUAUGUCUGUCUAUCCAUUUUUAUUCUAUAUGGCUAUAUCUGAUACAAUAUAUUUAUCGAUUUUAUUUUGUUUAUGGUUAUCAAAUUAUAUAAAUAUUCUUCAUCGUCCAAUUAUUUGUCAAUUAACAUUAUAUUUAACAUAUGUAUGUAAUUUUAUUAAUGCUUAUUAUACAGUAUCAUUUACUGCUCAACGUUUAUUUGCUGUUGUACAACCAUUUCGUGUAUCACUUGUUCUUUCAUGGUAUCGAUCAAAAUGUUUAGCAUUAUGUAUAAUUAUAUUUGCUUGUUUAAUUUAUUCAUAUUUACCAUUUCUUGUUGGUAUUGUUAAUGGUCAAUGUUAUUCAUUAGAACAUUUACGUUGGAUAAAUAAAUUAAUGGAUAUUAUCGAUUGUAUUAUUGUAUUUCUUAUACCAUAUAUAAUGAUAAUAACAAUGAAUACAAUUAUUUUAAUAUCAUUAAGACGUAUGAAACAUAUUCAACAUGAAUAUUUAUUUCAAAAUAAUUCACAAUUAAAUAAAAUACGUGAAAUAACACGUCGUAAUGCAUCACGUAAAAUGACAAAAUUAUUAUUAACUGUUUCAACAUCAUAUUUAAUUGUUUGUGGACCUUAUGCUUGUAUUCAUACAUGGCGUUUAUUAUAUAAUGAUGAAAAAUUUCAAACAAAAUUACUUCGACAAUUAGAAUAUUAUUUUCAUUUAAUUUAUCAUAUAUCAUUUGCAAUGAAUUUUUAUAUCUAUAUUGUAUUUGGUUCAAAAUUUCGACAUGAAUUAAAACGUUUUCUUAAUAAAUGUCAAAUUAAUUUUAAUCAUUGUUUUCAAAAUGAUAGUUUUGAUGAACAAGAUACAUCAACAAAUCAAAAUAAUUCAUCAACAUUUGAACAAUUUCAAUUAAUCAAUCAAAAUACAUUAUGUCCAACAUUAACAACAGCUGGUUUCACAUUUCAAUAUAAAUGGAAACAUCCCAAAGGAUCAUACAUAUGA